UGGAUGAUUUGUUGACAAGAUGGAGUUCUUACUGGGAAAUCCGUACAGUACUCCAGUGGGACAGUGCAUUGAGAAGGCCACAGAUGGCUCUCUGCAAAGCGAGGACUGGGCCUUGAACAUGGAGAUAUGUGACCUCAUCAAUGAAACAGAAGAAGGUCCUAAGGAUGCCAUAAGGGCAGUAAAGAAAAGGCUUAAUGGGAACAAGAAUUACAGAGAAGUGAUGCUAGCUUUGACGGUCCUGGAGACGUGUGUGAAGAACUGUGGCUAUCGUUUCCAUGCUCUCGUCACCGCCCGGGACUUUAUUGAUGGUGUCCUGGUCAAAAUCAUAUCUCCUAAAAACAACCCUCCUACCAUAGUGCAAGACAAAGUACUUGCCCUUAUACAGGCUUGGGCUGAUGCUUUCAGGAGUAGUCCAGAUUUGACCGGUGUGGUCCAGGUCUAUGAGGAACUGAAGAGGAAGGGUAUUGAGUUUCCCAUGUCAGACCUGGAGACCCUCUCCCCCAUCCACACACCACAACGGUUGCAGAGUGCCCCUGAGGUGGACCAACACAAGUACACAGCCCCAGUUCAUCCUAAGCCACAGCCUCACCCAGCGGCUGUACCAGCCUUCUCUGCCCCUCAGAGUCACACCUCCCCACAGAUUCCCAACCUUCACAUGACCGGACCUAUCAACCCCAACCCAGAGCAGAUUUGUAGGCUGCGCAGUGAGCUGGAUAUCGUGCGUGGAAACACUAAAGUGAUGUCGGAGAUGUUGGCCGAAAUGGCCCCGGGACAGGAAGACCCCUCAGACUACGAACUGCUGCAGGAGCUGAACCGCACAUGCAGGGCUAUGCAGCAAAGGAUAGUGGAGCUCAUCUCCCGCGUGUCCAAUGAGGAAGUCACUGAAGAGCUGUUGCACGUUAAUGAUGAUUUAAACAACAUCUUCCUCAGAUAUGAGAGAUAUGAACGGUUCCGGUCCGGGCGAGCCUCGCAGGGUGUGAAUAACGGGGUCCUCAGCGAGGCCACUGAGGAUAAUCUGAUUGACCUGGGGCCAGGGUCCCCGGCAGUGGUCAGCCCCAUGGUCAGCGCCACCCCUCCGUCCGCCUCCGCGGCCCCUCCGGGCUCUUCUUCUCCUGCCACUCUCUCCUCCAAGCUGGCAGGAUUGGACAUUGGCACGGACAGUGUUAGUGGCACACUGAGCACCUUGGCAAGCUGUCAGCCGCAGGACGACUUUGACAUGUUUGCCCAGACCAGGACCGGCUCCGUCGCUUCAAAGAAUGUUCCUUACGAGGCCACUCAGGCUGCUGGCGGACUGGCUCCUACGCUCGACCUCAGACAGCAGAACCCUGAAGGGACUCAUCUUGAUCAGUCCUCUGUCAUGGAUGACAUUGAGGAAUGGCUCUGUACCGACGUGAAAGGAGAUGAAGCAGAAGAAGGUGUGACAAGUGAAGAGUUUGAUAAGUUUUUGGAGGAAAGGGCCAAAGCAGCUGAAAUGGUGCCUACCCUACCUACGCCCCCUAGUGGAGACCCUGCCGCUGCAGCAGGUCCUCCAACAAACGCUGGCAAGAAGGCUGACAGACCUGAAGAUGCCCUCUUUGCCUUGUAGAUGAGUCGUGGACUCUCUCUCUCUCUCUCUGUGGCACAGCUGUUACUCAGUGUACUCCAUCUUUUGCCAGUGAGUGCUCUCACCCAGGUGCACCGGGUCCUUUCUCUGUGGCUUUGUGCAUUUCUACACAAUCAACAACAACAACAACAACAAAAGAAAAAAACAAAAUCAAAAAAGCUGCUGCUUCCUUCGCAGUUAGUAACUACACAAAUCAUUUUUACUGUUCCAUGAAGGGAUCCUUAAGAAAGACA